AUGACUUAUCCACCAAAUGCACCAAUCGUCACAUCUCAACCACAACAAUACGAUAUUCAGAGUAAUUUUGGCAUGUUUCCUGGUGAACGUUUACUUUACCAUUGCGAAUUGAAAACAGGAUGCUGUCAACUUGGUGAUGUUUAUUAUACAAGUCUAACUGAUACUCGUUAUGUAUCACGUAUAGAAUUUUGUAUUUGUUGUGGUUGUUGUUGUAAAAAACCUUAUACUGAUACUUCUAUAUAUUUACGUGAUGUUGCUGAACUUCGCGAAGUAACCGAUAAUUGUUGCUACUGCAAAUUUUGUACAAAUGGGUGUUGGACAUGUUGCUGUUGUUGUAUGAUGACAAAGCGUCUUCAAUUACGUGGAUCAUUUGGUUCGCAUAUAAUUCGUAUUCAUGGCAAAGAUACAUCAGAUUUUGAAUCUAUGAUUACAGAAGCCAUUGCUAAACAUAAACCACCUAACCGAAACUAA